CAACAGUGUGAACAACGCUUAAGGUUAUCCCCAUCAAAAGCAGACCCCUCUCGCUCUAAUGGAAGAUGGCGACUGGAGUCCUUCAGAGAGCAAGCACCGGCUUGGCCCGGGCUAGAAACGGGGCCCAGUCCACCAAGCGUCUUCUCGUUUGGAGCAGAGGCUUUUCCACAUCCGGCGUCAAUAAAAAAGAAGACAGCUGGUUCAAAUCACUCUUUGUCAGGAAAGUUGAUCCUAGGAAAGAUGCACACUCGACCCUACUGACCAAAAAUGAAGAAAGUAACCUUUACAAAAUCCAGUUCCAUAAUGUCAAGCCUGAGUGCCUUGAAGCAUAUAACAAACUCUGUGAGGAAGUCUUGCCCUCCAUCCAUGCUGAUAAGUACUACCCCUGUGAGCUGGUGGGCACCUGGAAUACUUGGUAUGGAGAACAAGAUCAGGCUGUUCACCUGUGGCGUUACAGAGGUGGUUACCCAGCUCUGACAGAGGUGAUGAACAAACUACGCCAGAACAAGGAGUUCACAGAGUACAGGAAGGAGCGUGGUAAAAUGCUGCUGUCUCGCAGAAACCAGCUUCUACUGGAGUUCAGUUUCUGGAAUGAGCCAGUCCCUAGAGAGGGACCCAACAUCUACGAGCUGAGAUCCUACCAACUCAGGCCAGGAACAAUGAUCGAGUGGGGUAAUUACUGGGCGAGAGCUAUUCGACUACGCCAGCAAAACAGUGAAGCUGUCGGAGGGUUUUUCUCACAGAUUGGCAACCUCUACAUGGUUCAUCACCUCUGGGCCUACAAAGACCUUCAAUCCAGAGAGGACACAAGGAACGGUGCGUGGCAAGAGGAAGGCUGGCACGAGGUGGUCUACUAUACAGUUCCUCUCAUCCAACAUAUGGAUUCCCGAAUUAUGAUCCCCACCAAGGCAUCACCUCUGAAGUGAAGACUGAAGCCUCUCGCAAUGAGUGACCCAAGAGCAUCAUAUCUGACCGUUUCAGUGCUAUCAAACUACAUGCCUCUUUCUUUCAUCAUUAUUGUUAUAUCAGGAGUUGGUGACUGAUGUAUAAGGACAGCUAAAGGAGUACAUGUACUUAUUGUGGUAGGUUCAAGUGGCACUGCAGGGAGUACUUGCUAACUCCAAAAUACUCUUAUCUAUGAUGCUUUGCAAUAUUUAUAUUGCCAGGCAUCUACCUAGACACAAGCGCAAACUACCAAAUUGUCAAACAUUCGUCCUUUUCAGUAUUUUGGGUAGGUCAAGAUUUGCUUUGAAACAAACCCUUACAACUCUACUGCAUUAUGCCACUGCAUGGUCAUUUAUUCCAACGUGGACUCUGCCACAUGGAAGCUAAUCAUUGAUGAACCAGAUUAGAGGCUACCAAAAUAUAUUGAUAAAAUAAAACAAUGCAGCUAUGGUAUGUAAAGUUUAAGAGUCUUGUUCCUAUCAUAACUGCUGGGGGACUUUUAUUUAUUGAGCGUAACAUUCAUUAAUCGUUAAAAUGUUAGCUGGCAUAACAUCUGAACUUUGUGUUCCAAAGUUGACAAUAUCAAUGUGUGAUACUUAUUUUCAAGAAGUUAAUAUUUUUGACUGAAUUUCAUCAUGUUUUUUUUUUUCUGUCUUUGUGGAGUUUUUACACAAUCCGGUUAUCAAGUUUCUUAGUCUUGUUUGUAAGUGUAACUUUUUUUGCCCUUGUGUGAACAAAGCAUGCCUUGUUUAAAAAUAUUGUUUAAAUAUCUGAUGUAAGGUAUUUUCAGGGGGAGUAAUGAUAAACCACAACAUGGGCAUUCACGCCGCAACAUAAUGUCAGAUUUUAUCAGAAAAAAAAGAUACGUGUCUUUAUUUUGUCUUUCUAGGGCAAUAAUGACACAGAAUUAAAGCAAUUCAAGCAACAACA